CGGCAUUUUUUUUCGGGUUGAAUUCGAUAUUACAUUAUAUUAUUGUAAUAAUUAAAUUUAUAUUCUAAAUUUCAGUUUAGUCGAUUUCGUCGGAUUGUUUUAGAGAAACUGAAGAUAAUCGACGCAUUUAACGAUGAAUCAAACGGAGGUUUCGCAGUUAAUUUCCAAACUCAGAAUACGCGUCAGUCCUCGCCAUAAGAAUCUAAAGUGUCCCGAAGGACCACAGGGUCGGUUAAAUAAAUUACGUAAAACAGUUAACGCCCUGUUCAAAUACGAACGUUUAGAAUUGAAUUAUACGUUGGCUGACGAGACCAGAGGGUAUGCAGAAAGAUUAAUAUCUGAAGCCAUCAGACACGGAGACACACACAAACCAACCAUGGAGAUGGCCGACUAUUGGAUAGAAGAAAAACAGUUAAUACACAAAUUGUUCAAAGUAUUGGUUCCCCGGUUUAAUGAUUAUCAGACUUCAUACACAAUGUUAUACCGGGCGCCAAAAGCAUACCCUGAAAUUGUGUAUCCCCGUUCAGUCCUAGAACUUAGAGGUAAUCCAUUUCCAGCAAUUCUGCCUCAGCGGUCCGAUCAAAGAAAUUUUAUACACAAUGUGUUAUUGGAUGAAGCAAAAAAGGCAUAUAGGGCUGAGAAAUAUGAGGAAAUAACCAAAUCUCUCGAAGAACAACGGGAAGAAUAAAUCUAUAAUCAUAUUUUGUUUUGUGUAAAUACAGUUGUUAGUUAGAAAUACUCAAUUAAAAUCGAUGCAUUUUUAUUAUA